UGUCAUUCAUUCAUUUGACGUUUGUGGUUCCGUGCAUUCGUGCAAAAGCGCUUUUCUUUUAUUUUAAUUUCAGUUUUGCUAAUCGUUUCCCGUUUGAGAAGUGAAAAUAUAUUUAUUAUAUCUUUUUGUUAAUCACUUCGAUUACAAACCGUGUUUGAAAUAGUAGUUUACCUAAAAACUAUCCAGGAUGGAAAUAGAUGAAACAUUACAUUUACAAGCAAAUGGCGACGUUUUCGUGCAUCGCCUAAAAGAAUUGACAGAGGAUGAAAAACAUCGUUUAGAGUUACAAAAUUCCCGGAUGAUUUCCGAAGGGAAAGCUUCGAAAUUAGAAAAGGAGGCGAAAAAGCAUUGGGAUUUGUUUUAUAAGAGAAAUGAAACUAAAUUCUUCCGCGACCGGCAUUGGACCACGCGCGAGUUUCAAGAGCUAAUAAACUUUGAUUCUGACGCUAGAAUAGUCUUUUUAGAGCUCGGCUGCGGCGUCGGCAACAUGAUGUUUCCGUUAGUAGAGGAAGGAUUUACGAAUUUCUACUUUUACGCGUGUGAUUUUUCUCCGCGCGCCGUGGAGUUCGUCAAAGCAAAUAAGUUGUUCGAUGCUAACAGAAUGCAGGCGUUUUGUGCUGAUUUGACCACUGACGACUUGUUCGAGAACAUGGAAGAAGGUACAGUGGACAUAGCCAGUUUGAUUUUCGUUUUAUCUGCCAUACAUCCGACCGCGUGGGCGCAUGUGGCCAAGGUGGCGUACCGAGUGCUGAAGCCGGGUGGUGUGUUAUUAUUUCGGGACUACGGAAGGUACGACAUGGCGCAGUUGAGAUUUAAGCCCGGCCACAAGAUCGCAGAUAACUUUUACAUGAGGCAAGAUGGGACAAGGAGCUACUAUUUCACUGAGGAGGAAUUGGCAAGUGUAUUUACAAUGGCUGGCUUUGAAAUACUUAUGAACACAUAUGUACAGAGGAGAACAGUGAACUUCAAGGAAGGGAUUGAUGUGCCUCGCAUAUUUGUACAGGGCAAAUACAAGAAACCUUCAGUAAAAUGAACAUAUUGAAGAUGAUAGCUGGUAUGACAUAUGAUUGGGUUGACAAUGAAAACCAUGGGAUGGCAAGAAAAAGAACUUUAUGUAACUUACGAGGACUGAAGAUGUCAAGUUUGCACAGAUUUGGUUGAUCACUGGAGGGAAGAACAGUACUUUAUGAACAAAAGUUUAUGACCUGAAACUGGAAAAUUCAGAUUGAAUAGAAAUACCUGCCUCUUUUCAAAGGUACAUCACUCACAUCUAUACACAAGGAUUGCUGUAAAUUAAAAGUACCUACCUAUAUUGGAUUCAUUCAGCCUUAUCAACAGUAAAUGAAGAACCACUUUCGAAACAUUGCUUUAAACGGAUUUAAUAUAAAGAUCUUUCGAGGAUAUAUGGAAGAUAAUAAAAAUGGUUUUGCACAAAUAACUACUAAUUGGGAUAUUUUGAAGACAUAUGGAAGAUAAUAAAAAUGGUUUUGCACAAAAUAACUGACGAAUUGGGAUCAUUCGAGGAUAUAUGGAAGAUAAUAAAAAUGGUUUUGCACAACAUAACUACGAAUUUGAAUCUUUGUGGAAUAUGGAAGAUAAUAAAAAUGACUGGAAAAUUAAUUACAAAUUGAAUCUUUGUGGAAUAUGGAAGAUAAUAAAAAUGACUGGAAAAUUAAUUACAAAUUGGUACACACUAAAGGGAGAUGAAAGCUACUAACAGAUAACAAAUGUAAUAAAGGAAUUACGGUUUUGGUGUACGGGGAAUAAAUAUGGAGAACUAAUUAUGUAAGCUAAGUUUAAUAUUUUUUUUUAUUUAACGUAAAUUUGCCUGAACUAAAAUUUGCUUAUAUUACAAACUCAUUUGUUGUUGAGUAGUGUUACUUUGUAUCUAUGUUUUGUAUAACUCGCAAGUUCGAGUUUCGAAUUCAACUCUUUAUCUUUCUCAUUCUAUAUUAUCGUGUUUUUUUUUAUUUUCUACAAGUUAGCCCUUGACUACAAUCUCGCCUGAUGGUAAGUGUUGAUGCAAUCUAAUACGAAAGUGGGCUAACUUGUUAGGAUAGGAUGAAAAUCCACAUCCAUUUUGGUUCGGUUUCUACAGGACAUCGUAUCGGCACGCUAAAUUACUUGGCGGUACGUCUUUGCUGGUAGGGUGGUAAGCCACGGUCGCAGCCUCCCACCAGCCAAACCUGGACCAAUUAAGAAAUCCUCAAUCGGUCCAGCCGUGGAUCGAACCCAGGACCUCAGUCUUGUAAAUCCACCGCGCAUGCCACUGAUUACGAAGGCUGUCAUUCUAUAAUAUCGUGUUAGACAAAGAGCGAUGUGAGAGUGAAUUUCGAAACUCGCAUUAGCGAGUGAUAAAAACGUUAAAGAAUGGGAAUCAAAAUGUUUUGUGAUUUAUAUCUGGCAAGUUCGUUGAUAACACUCCCAUGAUAUGCGGGCGACAGGGGGAAAGACUGCGGGUGUGAAAUCGUGCGUGCCGGGAAGUGAUUUGCAUCAGUCGUGGGUUUUUCAUUCAUCGCUAUGCGCGCAACAUCGGGAGUGUUACGAACGAAGUUGCCAAGCUAUAAAUGUAUUUUGAAAACAGUUUGUUUUUGAUAAUAUACCUGUCUGUAUAAUUUAAAAGGAAUGCUUUUAGGCCAUAAAGGCACUUCUCUGUACGCCAGACGGAAAGCAUUGUGAUCCAAACUGCCGAGCUGCAUACCUUGCAUGUCUCGGUUAUAUAGAUUUACUACAAGUUUAAUAAAAAAUAAAUCUUUUCA